AUGCCCAUUAUGUGCCAUCGGAAUCCCUUCCACAGUAACACGAUAACAGGGUAUACCUCAGGGUUCCUAUCCUCUCCUCCACGUGAAUGCCACCAAGCCCUAAAAUCAGGAAUAUCCUUGAAGAAGUAUCCCAUUCAGAAUGUAUCCUUUAUUGUCUCCAUAAUAAGUCGUAUUCGCUUUUGUAGUGAGACCUGUUUAUGGAUAAAUUUUCCAGAAGCGUCUCGUUGUUGUUGUUGUUGUUUUCGCUCCGCCGUAGAGCAGUGCAAAGUUGUACGGUGGCACCUGCAAAAGCGAUCAGUUAUUCGUGUCCGCUGGUUCGUUGAUGUUUGGGUCGCCACAGCUACCUUACAAUUUCAUAAUAUCUCUCUUUAUCCUGGUUUCUACAAACCACUUUCUUCUAACUGUCAUUCAGAUAAACUCGGUGCAGCAUAUCACUUUUUUUUCGUGUACGAAAUCGCGCUUCAACCACAUUUUUCUCUACCAUAUGCGCUACGGGGCCAUCGUGUAUUUGAGAGCCUGCAUUGUUCCCACUUGCAAAGUCGCGAAUGGUCUUCUGGUAUUAGCUCAACUGUUCCUUACAACUUUCCUUUUCAUACUGUUUCACGUUGUUGGAAGUUUCCUGUUACAUUCACAAAAACGUCAUCACAGCUGCCAACGAAUAACGUGUAA